AUGUCUCAGUUGGGGUGUCCUCUUGGUGACAGAAUCAUAAUAGGUUACAUUUUACCCGAAAAGAAGGUUAAAAAGGCGGAAAAUGACGAUUCUGAUUGGGAAGAUGAUGAUGAGGAGGAGGAAGAGGCACAGCCGGAGUUUCUGGAUAUGAAAGAGAUGGACAGCGUUAGCUCUGGAGGACACAUGUUUAAUUCCUCCAUACCGGGCCGAAACGAAGUUGAUUUCCUGGACAGUGUGUCUGGUAAGAGAUGCAGAGUAAUGGGCCGGUUCAGUCUGAAGGACCCAUGGUGGGAGGCUACCUGCUCAGCCCGCGCAGCCAGGGGCAAGCUGGUGCUGCGGGGCUACCCUGCCUACCGCCUUCGCUCAGACCUCCAGGGAGACCAGGGUCGCUCCAUCCUGUCUCUGUUCCUCACAGCCUGUGGCGUGGAUGGACAGUUUGUCACCCCGUUCUUUGCUUGGCUGCCGAUGGGAAGGAAGGUGGAGUUGGCUAACCUUCAGGAAGUUCUGGCUGAGUUUGAGGAAGGAGAGCAGCACAGAGCAUUGGCACAGCAGAUUAAAGCCUUGGUCUCUGUUUCAGUUGCAGGGAUGCACGUGACAGCUGCCUCUCUGUACCCCAAUGUGAUGAGAUACCUGCCUACCCUACUGCCAGGGCGCUUCACUGAGCUACUGGGCCAGGGAAAGAAAAGCCAGAAACAUCCUGCUGCACAGGGUGCUACACAUGUCACACAGAUAGAUGAAGAGGAGGAGGAAGAGGAGGAUCUCAGUUUGCUGGCCAAAAUAGAGGAGAUUAUCAAGACUGAUGUGUGGAAGCUGGGCUUUAACUAUGUUAUAUACAAGGAGUUGAAGGUGGUCCAUUGCGAGGCUCAGCUGAGAUCCUUCCAUGAGUGUAAACUGUUCCAAGAGAUCCCUCUGAAGCAGCGUAAUGCCCUGCGAGUCUACGACUCUCUGAAGACCCACUGCUACAGGACGGGCAGUACCUACACGGAGCUCCCCACCCUGUGUGACGAGGUCAGGAGAGGAUGGAACUCCGUGGUGGAGAUGGAGGUGUGGGACGCAGUCCACUUCCUCAAAGAGCUGGGUGUAGUGGUACGGGAUCGCCAGAAGGUGGCGCUGCAGAACCUGCAUUCUUAUGAGACUGGGAUAGCUGAGUGUCUUCGCUGUCUGAUGCAGGGAGAGCGCUGGGUUAUACCUCUGGAUGUCAACGAGGUGCUGACUGCUUCAGCACUGGAGAGGCUGAGGAAGAAGGGAGGGGAUGGAGGGACGGUAAGGGGGGGCUGUGGGAAGACCACGGUGGUGAGUCUGCUGUUCAAGGCAGCCUUGCAGCAGAGCCCAGAGGAGGAGGUCAGGAAGGUAUGCUGGGACUUUGAGAAUGACUCCUUGGGGUCCGAGGCGUGGGAGGAAGAAGCCCUGUCGCCCAGUCUCCUCUCUCAGUUAGAGGGGGAGGUAAAGGACGAGAGGAAGAAGUCAUCGUGGGUUUUACAGGGAGAGGACGAGGUGUUACUGACAGCGCCCACAGGGAGAGCUGCGUCUCUGCUCACCAAGAGGACCUGCCUCAAGGCCUACACCCUGCAUCAGGUGCUGUGGAGUUUCAUGCAGGCCAAGAGGGACCCCAACGGGGCUCCUGAGGAGUGGAAGUUUGCGUGUGUGCGUGUGUUGGUGGUGGACGAGGGCAGUCUGGUGUGUGUUCGGCUCCUCCACUCCGUCCUCACCAUGCUCACCAAACACGCACAGCUCAGGAAGUUUGUCAUCUUGGGUGAUGUGCGUCAGCUGUCCAGUAUCGAGCCAGGAAACACCUUGUAUGACCUGUUCUACAGUCUGGGCCGAGCCCACUGGGCCAUCGAGAUGAGGACCAAUCACAGAGCUGAGUCUCAACUCAUCGUCAACAACGCCGGACUAAUCGCAGAGAUGGGGUUGACUCAUACUUUCAGGCCGCUCCACUACGACGCCAUCUUGGAUCUGAAUGGAAGUUACACCAUGCCCUCUGAAGACAAGAGGUUCAUCCUCAUCCUGCUGCCCAACACCAGCGAGGACUCUGACUAUGACCUCCAGAUGGCUAUCGAACUAUUAUUGAAAUCUGCUCCAGGACUGAAGAAUGAUGCCACGUCACAGUUCAUUGCCUUCAGAAAGAGGGAGUGUGCCUUGAUCAAUGAGCUUUGCUGCAAACAUUACUGCAACCACUGCACCAAAAACAACAAGAACCGACUAGAUUUCCAGCCGGGAGAUAAAGUCUGCUGUACAAAGAACGGCUAUGUCACAGACAGGAACAAGGAAGGGUCUCCUGAAGAAGAGGACUUGGAGAACAGCUAUGUAGCUGACAUGGCCAGGACCAAGCAGAGACUUCCUGGGCUGGAUGGAGAGGAGAGUCGGAGAGGGAACGGGGCCACACAGAGAAAUGGAAGUGGUGACAAAAUGAAAAGCAAAGAGAAGAAUAAAGACCGCCUGUGUAACGGAGAGAUAUUCUUUAUUAAACAUGACGUGACAGAGGAGGAGGCGGGCUCACAGCGGAGCAGGAAGCAGAGGUACUUGACUCUGGAUGAUCGUGACGGACGGAUGCUGUCUGUUUCCUUUAGGGAGCUACAGAGAGAAUGUAAACUGCAACAUGCCUGGGCUAGGACCAUACACACCUUCCAGGGGUCGGAGACCGAGACGAUUGUGUACGUGCUGGGUAACGGUAGCGUCCAGACGUGGAAACACGUGUACACGGCUGUGACACGGGGACAGAAGCGUGUAUAUGUCAUAGCCAAGCAGGAGGGCAUGGCCUCAGCCAUCAAGAGACGCAUCAUCCCACGUAACACCCGGCUGGGAACCCUGGUCAAAGAGCUGCUGGUCCAGCCUGGGGCUGAGGGGCAGGACCAACCAGACCAGAACCAACCCCAGCCGGGCACACCUCGCAGGGCAGCCCCAGGCUUCGGGCCUACACAGACCACUCCUCUGGCCUCACAGACACCUAGCUGGUCUCUAAGGACCGCCUACAAAACCCCUAUAGCAGCACCCAGACUCCUCUCUACACCCAUCCUAGCAGUCCCACUUCAAGCCAAUCGUGUCCAGUCCCACUCUACGUCAGUCCUACCCAGGCAGCUGUGGAGAAAUGAGCCUCCAACAGCUCCUCAGGCAGAUGCUACAGACACCUCUCUAAUGGACGACAUCACUUUCAGUCAGGCAUAUAGCUGGUCGCCUAUGAACAGCAGCUCUGAGGACCCCUCCCAGGAGCAGCCUGGGUCGUGUGAGGGGGAGGAGGGGAUGAAAAUGGAGGCUAGCAGCAGCGCUGUAGGGGAUGGACACAUGGGGAAGGGUUCACAUUUAGCUGCUCAGUCUGGGGUUGUGGGCACCCCUUCCAAGAGGACACUCGCUCCUGACAGUGGGGAACAGAAUGUAACUCCUUCUAAACAGAUCAAGGUGGAGCCGUUCCAAUCACCGCUGGGCUGUUCCAGCCUGCAGCAGCUCUCCCUCCGCACGCCCACUCACGGCAAACGGCUCUUCCAAGAUCCACCCUCCGAUCAGGACUGAACACCUUCUCUCCUUGACCCAGGAGACCAGGAUAUCUUAUGAUUGAUGGCCACUACUGCAUUGAUACCAGGAUAUCUUAUGAUUGAUGGCCACUACUGCAUUGAUACCAGGAUAUCUUAUGAUUGAUGGCCACUACUGCAUUGAUACCAGGAUAUCUUAUGAUUAAUGGCCACUACUGCAUUGAUACCAGGAUAUCUUAUGAUUGAUGGCCACUACUGCAUUCAUACCAGGAUAUUUAAAUCGAAUCAUAUUUUAUACGUCAUAUGCACGGAAUACAACAGGUAUUACCAUGAAAUGCUUUCUUACAAGCCCUUAACCAACAAUGCAGUUUUAUUAAAAUAAGAGUUGGGAAAGUCGAGGUAAUUGAGGUAGGUAGGGGUAAAGUGACUGCAUAGAUAAUAAUGAAAAGAGAGUAGCAGUAGUGGGGGGGUCAUUGUAAAUAGUCUGGUGGCCAUUUGAUGAACUGUUCAGCACUCUUAUGUCUUGGGGGUGGAAGCUAUUAAGGAGCCUUUUGGACUUGGCGCUCUGGUACCGCUUCCCGUGCGGUAGCAGAGAGAACAGUCUAUGACUUGGGUGGCUGGAGUCUGACAAUUUUUAGGGCCUUCCUCUGUCACUGCCUGGUAUAGAGUUCCUGGAUGGUAGGAAGCUUGGUCCCAGUGAUGUACCAGGCCAUACACACUACCCUCUGUGGCGCCUUGCAGUCGGAAUCCCCUCCGGCGCCAUCAUUAGAGAGUAAACUCUGCAUUAUUAUCUGUUUAUUUUAAAGUCAUGUUUUAAUUGCUAUACAUCUGGGCUUGUAUCAUUUUAUUGAUCAAAGGUAAGUGCCUCAGAUGAGAUUGUCAUCAUUUCAUCAGUUUGUUGCAGAUUGAGAGAGGCUGAGAUAUUGACAGGAGAAAAUCACCUCAACUAUGUUGUUUUUUCCCACUCUGUAAAUCGCCAUGUUGUGUUUUUCCCACUCUGUAAAUCACCGCAGCCAUGUUGUGUUUUUCCCACUCUGUAAAUCACCUCAGCCAUGUUGUGUUUUUCCCACUCUGUAAAUCACCUCAGCCAUGUUGUGUUUUUCCCACUCUGUAAAUCACCUCAGCCAUGUUGUGUUUUUCCCACUCUGUAAAUCACCUAGCCAUGUUGUUUUUUUCCCACUCUGUAAAUCACCGCAGCCAUGUUGUGUUUUUCCCACUCUGUAAAUCACCUCAGCCAUGUUGUGUUUUUCCCACUCUGUAAAUCACCUCAGCCAUGUUGUGUUUUUCCCACUCUGUAAAUCACCUCAGCCAUGUUGUUGUUUUCCCCACUCUGUAAAUCACCUCAGCCAUGUUGUGUAUUUUCCACUCUGUAAAUCACCUCAGCCAUGUUGUGUUUUUUCCACUCUGUAAAUCACCUCAGCCAUGUUGUGUUUUUCCCACUCUGUAAAUCAUUUUUUAUUGUUUCUCUUCUCUCGGCCAUACAAAGGUUUACAGCUGGAGGAAUUCCCAAAGUUAUACAUAGACGAUAAAUAUCAUGCUACCAAAGUAUUAAAUUUGUACAAAAAUACUUUACAGGUCAUAAUACCGGUCCAUUAGAAAUAAAAAUACAAUUUUUCAGGGA